CCCAAAAUCCGUGCCUGGGAUCACCCACGUUCUGUGGCGCGCGCUGCUGCCGCUGCUGCUGCGGCCGGGGCUGCGUGGGGCCCUGGCCCCGCUGUGCCGCAGCCUCGCCCUGCUGGCCCCCAAAAUCCACCUGGAGUGCCUGGAACACGGCUCCGAGCCCCCAGGAGAUCUCCCUUCUCCACAAGCGCUGACCCUCCGGCUCCUGGCAGUCUCCCAGUCCCCGGGGCCGUGCGCGGCGCCGGCGCUGCGGCUGCUGCAGGAGCUGCGGCUGCUGCAGGAGCUGCGGCUGCAGCCCGGGCUGGGCGAGCUCUGGGAGCGCAGGAUCCCCAAGCUGCUGCUCCUCCUCCAAGAAAACUCCGAGGGUUCCCUGGACCAGGAGGAAUGGGAGGAGAAGCUGCUCCAGUUCCUCCAGGAAUCCCUGGAAUCCAUCCCGGAUAAAUCCUGGAUUUGCCCCUUGGUGUCCGAGGCCUUCCGGCAGCUCCGCGCCUCCGACGGCUCCCAGGAGGAGAAGAAUUUCCUGUACCGGUGCCUGGGGACGGCGCUGGGGCUGUGUCCCAGGAAGGAGCUGGUCCGGAGGCAGCUCCAGGAGCUCCUGGAAAGCGCCCGCUGCCAGGAGGAGGCCGAGAGGGAGGGUCUCUCGUCCUGCUUCGGGAUCUGCGCCCGGAAUCACCUCGAAGAAACUUUGGAAAAAUUGGAGGAAUUUGAGAAAUCCGACGUCUUCAAGAAAUCCCAGGGCUUGUUCAGCAUCUUCAAGGUGGGAAUUUUCGGGAAAAAUGGGAAAAAUGGAAAUGGGGAGGGACGGGAUCGGCCUCGGGGUCUCUCGUCCUGCUUCGGGAUCUGCGCCCGGAAUCACCUCGAAGAAACUUUGGAAAAAUUGGAGGAAUUUGAGAAAUCCGACGUCUUCAAGAAAUCCCAGGGCUUGUUCAGCAUCUUCAAGGUUUUCCCCCAUUUUUUCCCCGAGCAGGAGAAGCAGCGCGGGGCGCUCCUGCUCUGCUGGGGCCGCGUGGCGGCGGCCGCGCCGCCGGAGCUGCUGCGCGCGCGCCUCGAGGGGCAGCUGCUGCCGCGCCUGCUGCGCCACGCGCACGCCAAGGUUCUGGGAAUAAAAGUAGAGACCAAGGACCCGGUGCUGAAGCUGAGCGUGGCCCGCAGCGUCUCCAUGAUCAGCCGCGCCCUGGCCUGCGGCGGCUCCGGGAAGAACUCCGGGAAGAAUCCCGGGAAUUUGGAGAGUUACCCUGGGAGUGACCCCGGGAACGGCCCCGGGAACGGCCCCGGCAGCAUCGCCCACAAGGCCGAGCUGGUGGCGCUGAUGGUGGUGAGACUGGGACGGACUGGGAGGGGAUAA